ACCCAAACCGUCCACAAAAUUCCCCGGUAAACUUAAAUUACUUCUAAAUUCAGAAACCCAAAAAUCAGACACUUUACUUCAUACAUACAAACCGUUAAAACUUGAGAUGUGCUCAAAUUACUUUGCGUCUUUAACCACUAUUACAACCUAAAUUCCAAAUUCCUUAUUCAAUUCACCAAUUGCUCCACGAUUUUUGUGCUGAAAUUCAUCAAGAUCAUCUCUGAAAUCUUAAAGUUGGAUGAAAUUAUGAGCCAUUUUAGGUCAAUUUGCAGACCGAAUGCUGUUUUCUUCUCUUCCUUCGUAUGUUGCAGAGAUGGCCUUCGAUUAUUUUGCAAUAAAUCAUCUAGUGUUCCGUUUUCGAAACCUAAUUUUAGCUCGUUUCCUUCUCUCUCCUCGGAUUCGUCGGAUUUCUUUCGGUGCAAGAUUUGGUUGCGUUUGAAUCAUCGGAGAUAUGUUGCUCGGGCUUCUAAUUGGACCGGUGAGAAAUCUCCUUACGAUGUUCUUGAACUAGAGAGGGAUUCAGAUGAAGAUCAAAUAAAAUUUGCAUACAGGCGCUUGGCCAAAUUUUAUCAUCCUGAUGUCUAUGAUGGUAGAGGCAAUCUUGAGGAAGGUGAAACAGCGGAAACCCGAUUUAUCAAAAUUCAAGCAGCUUAUGAGCUUCUUAUUGAUGGAGAGAGAAGGAGAAAAUAUGACAUGGAAAACCGGGUGAAUCCAAUGAAGGCAUCUCAAGCAUGGAUGGAAUGGCUUAUAAAGAAGCGUAAAGCAUUUGAUCAGCGAGGCGAUAUGGCUAUUGCUGCAUGGGCUGAGCAGCAGCAACGUGAAAUGAACUUGAGAGCACGACAACGUGCUCGAUCAAAGGUUGAUCCUGAAGAAGAGAAGAGGAUCUUAGCAAGGGAAAGAAAGGCAUCUGUAGAAAACUUCCAGACAACACUUAGGAGGCACACACUCGUGUUGAAGAAGAGGGACUUGAUGCGUAGUAAGAAGGCUGAGGAGGAGAAGAGAAAAGAGAUUAGCCGUCUCUUAGCUGCUGAGGGAUUUGAAUUGGAGACUGAAGAUGAGUAGCUGCAUGUUUAUAGCUGUAGUUUGUUUUUAUAGGUUUUGAACUUUUAUGUAUACCUUCUCAUUCAUUGGCGCUGUUGAUAGUUUUGUACAAAAAACAACAAUGUAUAUACAUGCUGGGAAAGGCAAACAGCGUUAUCUUUUUAAUAGGAAAACAGAAAAAAGUAUAGGAGAGAAUCCGACAUCUUAAUUUAUUGCAA